AUGACUUCCUCUAUAGCCUUCCACCUUAACAAGGGGCGUAACAGACAAGAGGGUCUCGACCAGGAUCGCUCUAACUCGACCCUAGCCGAUGCCAACGACAACCACGAGAAGGACAAUGAGGAUAACAGUGGUGACCACAACAACAAUGACAGGGACGUCGAAAAUGAUCACUCGGAGCCAAAGCCUGUCGGCUUCUGGGACCACUCUCUCAAGCAUGUCAGAUUGACCAUCUUCCGCAAAUGGGCCGUUACCACAGUGAUGCUGUGCACGUUCAUUCUCGCGAUCCUGUCACUGUACUGGGGCGUCCUGUACGGCUUGACCGACAAGCUCUCACGCCUGACAGUAGUGGUCGUCAGCUUCGAUGGCCAGGGAUAUCCAGCAGGGACCGCGACAGUAGUCGGUGACGCCGUUACACGAGCUGCUGAGCAGCAGGCCGCUAUAACGAGUGGUGCGCUAGGUUUCCGGGUCGAGAACCCAGCAGACUAUAACAACGAUCCGCUCGCCGUUCGCCAACAUGUCUACGACGAGCAUGCCUGGGCCGCAGUUAUCGUCAAUGCCAAUGCAUCCUACCUUCUGCAGCAGGCCGUCGCUGAAGGCAAUGCCGACUACGACCCACAGGGAGCGAUGCAGAUCGUCUACGUCCAGGCCCGCAACGAACAGACCUACAACAACUACAUCGUACCGCAACUCGACAAGUUCCUCAUCAACAUCCAAGCACAAUUCGGACAGCAAUGGAUCUCCCGCGUCCUCGCAGACGACUCCCUGAACGCAGCAACAUACAACAACGCUCCCCAAGCGCUCAACCCAGCGAUCGGCGCAAGCAUAUUCAACCUCCGCCCAUUCAGCCCUCCACAAGCAACACCAGCCAUCAGCAUCGGUCUCAUCUACCUGAUCAUCAUUUCCUUCUUCACCUUCAGCUUCUACCUCCCCAUCCACAGCCAAUUCCUAAUCCCCAAAGGCCACCCACCACUCCACUUCUACCAGCUAGUCCUCUGGCGCCUCUUCGCAACAUUCCUAGCCUACUUCUUCCUCUCGCUAGCCUACUCCCUAGUCAGCCUAGCCUUCCAAAUCCCCUUCUCAAACACUACCCCCGAGCCCCAAACCGCCGUCGUCAACAACGCCGACGCCUUCGGCCGCGGCACCUUCGUCGUCUACUGGAUGCUCAACCUCCUCGGCAUGUACGCUCUCGGCCUCGCUUCCGAGAACGUGGCGAUGGUCAUCGGCCAGCCCUGGGCGGCGCUCUGGUUGAUUUUCUGGGUCAUCACGAACGUGGCAUCGUCGUUCUAUACUAUUCCCUUGGCGCCCCAGUUCUUCAACUACGGCUACGCGUGGCCGCUGCAUCAUGUGGUCAAUGCAAGUCGGACCAUCAUCUUCGACACGCAUUCGAGACUGGGAUUGAAUUUUGGCGUGCUGGCAGCUUGGUCGGCUGUCAACACGGCCUUCUUUGUGCCUUGUGCGCUUUUCAUGCGGUGGAAGGCGCAGAAGGAGCAUAUGAGGGAGUUGGCGGGUGGGGAUCGGAAGAGGAAGAUUAAGUAUCUUGUGGACGGCUGA